AUGAGGGCGGCUGGGCUAAAUGUGGAUCUGGGCCCUUUGCAGGAGGUGCUGGGGGAGGAUAAGCUCAUGGCCAUCCUGAAGGAGAGGGACGAGCCCAGGGCACAGGCCGCGUUCAGGGAGGUGCUGGGGGAGGAUAAGCUCAUGGCCAUCCUGAAGGAGCGAGAGCUGAAGAUCUACUGGGGGACAGCCACCACCGGCAAGCCGCAUGUGGCCUACUUCGUGCCGAUGUCCAAGAUCGCAGACUUCCUGAAGGCAGGAUGCGAGGUGACGAUACUCUUCGCUGAUCUCCAUGCUUACUUAGACAACAUGAAGGCCCCCUGGGAGCUGCUGGAGUUGCGUACCCGCUACUAUGAGAACGUGAUCAAAGCCAUGCUGGAGAGCAUUGGGGUGCCCCUGGAAAAGCUGAAGUUUGUCCGGGGCACUGACUACCAGCUCAGCAAGGAGUACACGCUGGACGUGUACCGCCUCUCGUCCGUGGUCACACAGCACGACGCGAAGAAGGCAGGAGCCGAGGUGGUGAAGCAGGUGGAGCACCCCUUGCUGAGUGGUUUGCUCUACCCAGGCCUGCAGGCCCUGGACGAGGAGUACCUCAAGGUCGACGCACAGUUUGGAGGAGUUGAUCAGAGGAAGAUUUUCACCUUUGCAGAGAAGUACCUCCCUUCUCUGGGCUAUGCCAAGCGCGUCCAUUUGAUGAACCCAAUGGUCCCUGGUCUAACAGGCAGCAAAAUGAGCUCAUCGGAACAGGAGUCAAAGAUUGACCUUCUAGACCGCAAGGAGGAUGUGAAGAAGAAGCUGAAGAAGGCUUUCUGCGAGCCAGGAAACGUGGAGAACAACGGUGUCCUCUCCUUCAUCAAACAUGUCCUCUUUCCUCUCAAGUCAGAGUUUGUGAUUCUGCGAGAAGAAAAAUGGGGAGGAAACAAAACCUACACUGCCUAUGAGGCCCUGGAGAAGGACUUUGCUGAGCAGGUCGUACAUCCUGGAGACCUAAAGAACUCGGUGGAAGUGGCCCUGAACAAACUGCUUGACCCCAUCAGAGAGAAAUUCAACAACCCAGAGCUGAAGAAGCUAACCAAUGCAGCAUAUCCUGACCCGUCCAAAGCCAAGCCUGCAGAGAAGGGCACCAAGAACUCGGAGCCAGAAAACGUGGUCCCAUCCCGGCUGGACAUCCGUGUUGGCAAAGUGAUCAGCGUGGAAAAGCACCCUGACGCCGACAGCCUGUACGUGGAGAAAAUUGAUGUGGGCGAGCCCGAGCCUCGCACCGUGGUCAGCGGCCUCGUGCAGUUUGUCCCCAAGGAGCAGCUGCAGGACAGGCUGGUGGUGCUGCUCUGCAACCUCAAGCCCCAGAAGAUGAGGGGUGUGGAGUCGCAGGGCAUGGUGCUGUGCGCUUCCAGUGUGGGGGAGCCACGGCAGGGAGACGGGUGCCGCGCUGGGGAGCGCGUCUACGUGGAGGGCUACGAGGAUGGGGAGCCUGAUGACGAGCUCAAGCCAAAGAAGAAGGUCUUUGAGAAGCUGCAGGCCGACUUCCACAUCUCCCAGGACUGUGUUGCCCAGUGGAAGCAGAGGAACUUCCUGACCAAGCUGGGGAGCAUCUCAUGUAAAACCCUGAAGGGGGGGAGCAUCAGCUAAUAAGCAUCAGAGCCACCGCUCAUACCUCCUGCCUGGCUCCCUCUACCACUCCGGCCAGGCGCUCCUCCCUG